AUGUCGCUCUUCAAAGAACCUCAACAAACGAAUGGAAUCACAAAAUUCACUUGGACAAUUCCAAACACCCUAAAACCCAGAAUACAAAGUGAUAUUUUCUACGUGGAUGACGGAAGUGACAGCAAACAAGUCACAUUAUGGAGGAUUUUGGCGAGAAACUACCCGUAUUUCGUUGAAGAAUAUGUAGCCAAUGAAAUAAGGAUCGCUCUUGAACCAAUCCGCACUUCUGAGGAGAUCAAUCACAACAUUUUUUCAAGAGAGUUAUCAUAUGAAAUAAAAGCUUUUGACGGAGACACAAAUGUAAUGCUGGGAACUAUCAAAAAACAAGAACAAUGUUUUGAACUUGCAGGAGAACCGCAUUACGAGACCAUUAUCAUGGAAACUUGUGUGUCCUCGAUAAAGUUAAAAUUGACCAUUUAUCCCAAAAAUCACCAAAGCAACCUUCAAGCUGAGUCUGAAAUCUACAUUGCAAACCAUUUCAAUAAUCAAAAAUUUGCUGACAUCGAGUUCAUAUUUGAGCACGGCAACAAAAUCUAUGCUCAUAAAUUGAUCCUUGCCGCGAAUUCUCAUUAUUUCGAUAAGAUGUUUAACGGAGAGUGGGAAGAAUCGAAAGCGAAACAAAUUUCCGUGUCUCAUGUUUCCUUUGAAGCGUUUUACGCGCUUAUACAAUUUCUUUAUAUUAAAAAUUUGCCGGAAACUAUUUCAAAUCAAAAUAUUCUUUCCGAGAUAUAUUCUGAGGCACACAUCCAUGUUAUUCCCGAACUUCUGGCGGUGGUCAGCAAACGUUUGAAGGAAUCCGUUAAUAAAGAAAAUUGGGAUUCACUAUAUAUGCUUGCGAGGAAAUAUAAUGAUUAUGAUUUGAAAGCUGCAAAGGAUGAAGGAAUUGAAGGUCUUGAUGAACUUUUUCGCAUCAAGAACAUGGGGUUUGGAAUUUGA